AUGUUAUUGAAAUACCUUAAAAUGAUUUUUGGAGGAGCAGUUACGCUGGCCUCUAUAUCUCUGACAGCUCUCUACAUGUAUCAAAACAAGAUCAUAUACCCAUCAUGGGCACAAGGUGCUCGUAACCAUGUUGAUACACCAGCAAGUCGAGAUCUUCCCUAUGAAAGAGUUGUACUGACUACGGAGGAUGGCAUAAACAUUGAGGCCUAUGAUUUACAAAAUAACAACUCUUCCACAACGGUAUUGAUCCUCUGCCCAAAUGCAGGAAAUAUAGGCUAUUCAAUUCCUAUUCUGGAUCUAUUUUAUAGACAAUUGGGGGUAAGCGUGUUUAUAUAUUCUUACAGAGGCUACGGCAAGUCUCAAGGUUCCCCAAACGAGGCCGGACUGAAAAAGGAUGCUGAUUGUGUCAUGGAAUAUCUAUCAAAGAGUUCAUUCCACAGGAAGAAUAAAUUAGUCCUUUAUGGACGUUCCUUAGGAGGUGCUAAUGCCAUCUAUAUUGCUUCAAAAUUCCCAAAAAUAUGUGAUGCCGUCAUAUUAGAGAAUACUUUUUUGAGCAUACGGAAGGUUAUUCCUUAUCUCUUCCCUUUAUUAUCUAAAGUUACAUUUAUGUGCCAUGAAGUUUGGAAUUCUGAACAACUGAUAACUCAGUGUGAUCCUACUACCAAUUUCCUAUUUUUAAACGGUCUAAUGGAUGAAAUUGUACCUCCUGCACAUAUGAAGAAAUUAUUUGAUACAUGCCCUGCGAGAGAUAAGAAGUUUUUUGAAUUCCCAUUAGGACAUCAUAAUGACACUAUCGUUCAAGAUGGAUAUUGGGAUAUUAUUAGAGAUUUCCUAAAGAGGAAUGAUUUUAUUUAA